AUGGCUCUCAAGCGUAUCAACAAGGAGCUCACGGACCUCGGUCGUGACCCUCCCUCUUCCUGCAGUGCUGGUCCCAUAGGCGACGAUCUGUUCCACUGGCAAGCAACCAUCAUGGGCCCUAGCGACUCACCAUACUCCGGCGGUGUAUUCUUCCUCGCCAUCCACUUCCCUACCGACUACCCCUUCAAGCCCCCGAAGGUCAACUUCACCACCCGCAUCUACCACCCCAACAUCAACUCGAACGGAAGCAUCUGCUUGGAUAUUCUGCGAGACCAGUGGAGCCCGGCGCUCACCAUCAGCAAGGUGCUGCUGAGUAUCUGCUCGAUGCUGACAGACCCCAACCCCGAUGACCCGCUCGUCCCCGAGAUUGCACACGUCUACAAGACCGACCGAUCCAGGUACGAAUCGACAGCCCGAGAGUGGACUCGCAAGUACGCCAUCUAG